CAGGCGCAGAAGGAAGGAGGGAAGAGUCAAAUCUCCAAGGCGCGCCCUUCCCCCGCACACUUUCCGGCUUUCUCCACCGCGCAGGCGCGGAGAGGGAGCCAAGAUGGCGGCGCCCGUGGAUCUGGAGUUGAAGAAGGCCUUCACAGAGCUUCAAGCUAAAGUUAUUGACACUCAACAGAAGGUGAAGCUUGCAGAUAUACAGAUUGAACAGCUAAACAGAACGAAAAAGCAUGCCCAUCUUACAGAUACAGAGAUUAUGACUUUGGUAGACGAGACUAACAUGUAUGAAGGUGUAGGAAGAAUGUUUAUUCUUCAGUCCAAGGAGGUAAUUCACAAUCAGCUGUUAGAGAAACAGAAAAUAGCAGAGGAAAAAAUUAAAGAAUUGGAAGUAAGUUUUGAGUGAAUAUUGACACAGAAAAAAUCCUACCUGGAGCGCAGCGUGAAGGAAGCUGAGGACAACAUCCGGGAGAUGCUGAUGGCACGAAGGGCACAGUAGGAAGCCUCUAGGGAAGCUUUCCCUCCUGACCCCUCCCAUUCCUGGCAAGGACAAGGGGCUUGUGUAGGGAAAUAGCGUCUGCUAUGCCCUGGUGGACGUUUUAUCUGGAUGGCCUGGUAACCCUAUGUUUUCUACAUCACCCUGAGCCCCUUUCAAAUCCCAAGCCCUUAUUUUUUAUCCUGGCUUUGCCUAAGACGUUCUUCUCCCCUGGGGGUGAGUCCUGAACUCCCAGGAGAGGGGAGAUGGGAGCCAGGACAGGUAGGGGAGCUCUGCCCAUGCCCCCUACUAGUCAUGCUGGUCAGACCAAUAAAAGGCAUCUGUGCCCCUCUGCUAAGUUUGCUUUUCUUGAGCCGAUGGAUGAGAACAGAGAGGCAGAGGCUACCUCUACCUGAGCUCCUCCCUGUCCCUCUCCUUCUGCAUCGAAGUCUUCCCCACUUCUCUUUUCCUCUCUGAUCCUUCAAGUUAACCCUUCAAGCUCACAGCCUCCAUGGAAUGUGCAAGUAGGAAAGAAAGGAGACCAGGGCAUAGCUGAAUUUUAAGUGAGGACAGCAGUCCUUGGUGGCAGGAUGCCUACAGAUUCCUUUCCUGCUUUUUCCCAAACAUCCCAUAUAAGCCAGCAGCACCUCCAAGACUGUCUCCCUUUGGUCAUAAGGUGGACACUAUAAUUCUGAGGCCUCCUAGAGGCUCAGGGGCAGUGGUGUGCUGGAGCUAGCUUAUACUGGCUCAGGAGAGCCAGUUACUCAAUUUUCAGGAAUUUUGUUGCAAGCCAGUUGUUAAACACAGCCAUUAUUAAAAAUUAAAUUAUGUAACUUUACAAUUAAAUUAUUAAAGAACAAGGGUAAUAAAUAUUCAAAACAUCUCUCUAAUAACUAAA